AUGUCACAAGAAGCUAUUGUAUUCACUGGUUCUUUGGAGACUGGCCAAUGGGGUGAGGUUCGGAAGAUUGGUGUUCCCGAAGUCCCCGCUGGUAUGCUUCUCGUCAAAGCGGUAGCCUAUGCAGCUAAUCCUACUGAUUGGAAGCACGUUGCACUAGGUAUGGGAAAGAAGGGAGAUGUCAUUGGUAGUGAUGUGGCUGGUUAUGUGGAGAAGGUUGGAUCCGGAGUUAAUGGCUUCAAGGUCGGAGAUAAGGUAGGACUGACAUUACAUGGAAACAUUUCAUCUGUCAAUGGUGCAUUCCAGGAUUAUGUUCUUGUUGAUGCACCUGCCACUGUGUUGUUUGAUGGAAUUGACGAGUCUAAAGUUUUAAGCCCUGGUUCUCAUGGCCCAGGUGCAAUUGACUCAUUUGAAGCCGCGGCCAGUGCACCAUUAAGUCUGGCUACAAUGGCAGUUUCAUUCUUGUACAACUCGGGAAUUCCUAUGGACAAGGAAGCCAAUAAGGACAAAACCGUUCUCAUUUGGGGUGGUGCCACUGCUGCAGGAAUCUAUGGUAUUCAACUUGCCAGUAGGUUACUCGGUGUUAAGGUCAUCGCUACUGCAUCAAGAAAACACCAUGACUAUUUGAAACUGCUAGGUGCAAAUGUUGUAAUUGACUAUCAUGAUGCUGAUGCCAUUGAACAAAUCAAGGCUGCUGGAGAAGGUAAGUUCGUCUAUGCCUUGGACACAGUUUCCGACGCUUCAACAUGGCAAUCGUUAUAUGAUGCCACAAAGGGUUCAUCACCCGUGACUUUAGACAACUUGUUGAUGUUGAAUGCAGGGAACCUUCGACUUGAUCCUUCCAGAGACAAUGAUGACGUCAAGUUUAAGCAAACCUUGGUGUACCAAAUUGUUCCUGAAUCACAGGGACCCAUUGGAUUCGGUAUUAAUGCCAACAAAGACUUAGAGGCCAAGUAUCAACAGUUCUCAUCCAAUCAUUGGGCUUCAUUCCUCCAGCAAGUGCGAACCCCUGCUUUAACUGUGUUAAAGCCCGGUUUACUUAGUGCCAAUGAAGCUCUUGAUCUUUUGAGACUGGGUAAGACUUCAGGUGAAAAGAUUGUAUGGAGACAUAACUAA